CUGAGAGACAAGUGGAUAAAAGGCCUGGAGGUAAAGAGAACUAUCUGUAGUUUAAUAGCAAGUGAUUCAAAUCUAAUAGAAAUUUAAGAUCCAGCACAUUGGAUCCUGCAUGGCGUACUCAAGUGAAGACACACUCACAGCGAUGAAUGUGGAGAGGAUUAUUGAGUUUAUCAGAGAGGACGAUCAGAAAGGACUCAAGGCAGAACUACAGCAAUUUAAUCGAGAGUACGCACAGUGCUUCUUCUAUGAUUUGGAACAGCGGGAGAGAAGAAAAAGGCAGGAGCUGGAAGAGUUCAGAAAGAAUAAAGUGCGGGAUUAUGUGUCAGACUCGGAUUCAGACUACGAUGAGUCCAGUGACCCAGACGUCAUAUUGAGACAGGCUCUGGCUACAGUUCUGAUCAGGUUCCUCCAGACUGAACCGCAAGGGCGUUUGCUGAAAGAAUGUCUGAGAUCCCUACGAAUCCUCUCGAGGGACAAAAAGGUUUUGGGACCUCUCAUCACUGACAGAGCACUACUCACUCUAGCCCACCUGGGCGGCAUCAGCAAUGCACCUAUUCCAGAAGAAGACACCGACAGUGAUGUUGACCCCUAUGAUGACGUCAUAUUGUCCAUUUCCGAGAGCAAAUUAGGCCGAGCAGAUGAGGAUGAUAACGGAGGUGAGGAAGACGAUGGUUCUUUGGCUGUAACCAGUGAUGCGGUCUGGAGCAAUUGGUGUGGUGAUCGCAAGGCUAGCACGUUUUCAAACAUCAGCCUCGUACCUUCUCGCAGGAGGAGCAGCGUUUAUAAAGCUCUCUCACCUGGUAAAAGAGACAGCAGAGGAAGCGUUGGAGGAGCGGAGGAAGAGGAAGAAAAAGAUGAUGAUGAUGAUGAAGUAACCAGGAAGGAAGUCAUGAAAAUCUUGUGUAACAUUGUUUACAAUAGUGCUUGGGCACAAGAGAGAGCCAGUGAACUCAGUCUCCUCUGUGGUCUGACAGAAAAGCUAAGUAAAGAGUUUCAGUCUGCAUCUUCCCCUUGUGGCCAAUUUUACACACUCCGGUUCAUGUUUUUACUGACGGCGCUGAGACCUGAACUCAGAGCACAGCUGAAACAAAAGGGAGGAGUGUCGCUGUUGACCACAGUGCUGGAGAUGUGUUUAGCAGUUCAGUGGAAGGAACAGUAUGAGGUCAUGCUGGAUCCUGCAGCGCCUCCUGUGAGUGUGGAUGACUCACAGCAGGCUCAGGAGGCUCUGAAGAUCCUUUUUAAUAUCACACACAGCACACACACUCAAGAACCUGAAGAGGAAGCUGCAUCUCUCUAUCGCCACCUGGCUGCAGUUUUGCGUUACUGUCUGAUGGUGUCCUGUGAGGAGGAAGAAGCUACAGAUGAAUUAAAAGGGCAUGCAGUGAACAUGCUGUCAGCUCUCCCGUUGAGUUGUCUAGACGUUCUGGUGUCUGUGCCUCUGGCUCCAGACUCACACCAGAUGAACGGAGUCAACAUGGACUGUGUGCAAAGCCUACUCGUGUACAUGGAGAGAAAACUGGAGCAGGGUGAAAAGGUCAAAGAGAGACUGACCCCUGUGCUGAACUUGCUGAGCGAGUGCUCCAGAGGUCACAGAGACACGAGACGCUACCUUAGACAACAGAUUCUGCCUCCGUUAAGAGAUGCCAGCACUAAACCUGAGAAGGGCAACACCUUGAGGAAUCGCCUGGUUAGACUGAUGACCAACCUGGACACUGAGCUCAAACACUGCGCUGCCGACCUGCUCUUCGUGCUUUGCAAAGAGAACGUGAGACGUUUCAUCAAGUACACUGGAUAUGGGAACGCUGCUGGGCUGCUGGCCACUAGAGGCUUGCUAGGAGGUCAAAGAUCACAUGCCUCCUCAUCAGGCACACGGUACUCUAGCGACUCUGACUCCGACACCGAGGAGUACCGGCAGGUUAAAGACCGCGUGAACCCAGUGACGGGACAGGUGGAAGAGGAGCAGCCUGAUCCCAUGGAGGGAAUGACAGAGGAUGAGAAAGAAGAGGAAGCUCACCGGCUCAUCCGUCUUUUUAACAAACUCUCAAAGGAUAAUGUGAUUCAGCCAAUGGGAUUGAACCAAGCGGGUCAGCUGGUGCCACUGUCAGAGCUCAGGGACCUCUCAAUGGAGGAGAGGGAAUCAGAGGAAGAACACGAUGACCUGGAGAACGUGGAGUAGAUCGGCAUGGAUGUGGUGACCAUAACCGUAUACUUAUAACUUAAAUAAUUAAUCUUAACAUUUUAACAGCUUAAACAUAAAGAACAUACCCUUAAAUAUCACUUGAAUAUAUCUAGUUAAGACACUUGAAUGAAUUAAUACACUUCACUUCAAAGGUUCGGGGUCAAUAAGAAGCACCAAUAGAACAUAUAAGUGGUGCACCUUUUAACACAAUUUCCAAAUGACAUUUGCUUACAUUCACAGACAUCUUUUAAAAAAAACAGCUAAGCCAUCGCCUCUCCUACAAGCUCUGCAGACAUUCAUAAAAGUAAAGUUUGGAGGGGAUGUUUCAUUGAGGAUUGUUGCACUGCAGCUGUCUUCGAGCCAAGUUUCAUUUAAAAACAUAAAGUCCAGGUUGUGUGUGGUUAUUAAGUCGUGGACUAGAAGUGAUUUAUUUUUAAGUGAGCUGAUGUUUAAAAGUGCUAACUUAACAGUCUUACUUUUUGUCCCCACAGCAAUCUUAGUUUGGCGUGGGAUAGGCACCAGAUUAGAUGGCUUUGCUGUAGAGCUUGUAGAUUUUCUAUCAUGUAAUUGAACAGCAAUAGAGAAAGAUUCGGGCACACUGGGUUUGCGCUUGUUUUGUAAACAUUUACGAAAGUUACUGUUAUCAUAGCGGGGACCCGGCACAUAUUACUGACAGCUGAUAUCAGUUGUUUUUGGUUCACCUCGAGAAGAUGGAGGAGGGUGUGAGAACUGGCGCUGUGGCAGAGGCUGAAGAGCUCUCACUGGAGGAGGGGGAAGAGGAGGGGCUGGGUGGGGCCUGCCGUUUUUUGGUUGAAUCUGUUUGUUCCUCUUGCUGGGAGUGGCCCACUGAUGAAUGUCUGAACUUUCAGUCUUUUAAGUGUUUCAAAAAGUUCAUUGAAAUCCUUCUGAUUGCUCUUUAUGAAUAUAAUUUUUGAUUUGUCGAUUUGCGUUUCAUCGGAAUGUUCUGAAGUUCCCUAUUUACAUCAGAAAUUUUUAUUUACGGCAGUACGUUGUUGUAUCCUUGCUAAUAAUGUUUCUGAUUAUGGUUUUUCUGCUCGAUCUUGAGCUCCAGUUAGCAUCAGUGUUAGCUACUGGCUGAUUCAGUCUAUGUUCGAUCACAUUCAGGGAUUCCUCCUUCAUUAAAGGGAUACUCCACUUUUUUUUUUUGAAAAUAGACUUAUUUUAGC